CGUCAUCUAAAAUUUGCUAAAGAAGUGGAAGACAAAUCCGGAGAAGGAAAAAGUUAUUGCAAUCUCGGCAACGCUUAUGACAGUCUAGGACAGUUCAAAACAGCCAUCCAGUACCAUCAACGUCAUCUAGAAAUUGCUAAAGAAAUGGGAGACAAGGCCGGAGAGGGAAAAAGUUAUUGCAAUCUCGGCAACGCUUAUUGUAGUCGAGGACAGUUUAAAACAGCCAUCCAAUACCAUCAACGUCAUCUAGAAAUUGCUAAACAAGUGGGAGACAAGGCCGGCGAGGGAAAAAGUCAUUGCAGUCUCGGCAACGCUUAUCAAGGUCUAGGACUGUUCAAAAGAGCCAUCCUGUACCAUCAGCGUCAUCUAGAAAUUACUAAACAAGUGGGAGACAAUGCCGGUGAGGGAAAAAGUUAUGCCAAUCUUGGCAACGCUUAUCAAGGUCUAGGACAGUUCAAAACAGCCAUCCAGUACCAUCAACGUCAUCUAGAAAUUGCAAAAGAAGUGGGAGACAAGGCAGGAGAGGGAAAAAGCUAUGGCAAUCUCGGCAACGCUUAUGACAGUCUACGACAGUUCAAAACAGCCAUCCAGUACCAUCAACGUCAUCUAGAAAUUGCUAAAGAGGUGGGAGACAAGGCCGGAGAGGGAAAAAGUUAUGGCAAUCUCGGCAACGCUUAUCAAGGUCUAGGACAGUUCAAAACAGCCAUCAAGUACCAUCAACAUCAUCUAGAAAUUGCUAAAGAGGUGGGAGACAAGGCCGGAGAGGGUAAAAGUUAUGGCAAUCUCGGCAACGCUUAUGACAGUCUAGGACAGUUCAAAACAGCCAUCCAGUGCCAUCAACGUCAUCUGGAAAUUGCUAAAGAGGUGGGAGUCAAGGCCGGAGAGGGAAAAAGUUAUGGCAGCCUUGGCAACGCUUAUCAAAGUCUAGGACAGUUCAAAGCAGCCAUCCAGUACCAUCAACGUCAUCUAGAAAUUGCUAAAGAGGAGGGAGACAAGGCCGGAGAGGGAAAGAGUUAUGACAGCCUCGGCAACGCUUAUCACAGUCUAGGACAGUUUAAAACAGCCACCCAGUACCAUCAACGUCAUCUAGAAAUUGCUAAAGAGGUUGGAGACAAGACUGGAGAGGGAAGAAGUUAUUGCAAUCUCGGCAACGCUUAUCACAGUCUAGGACAGUUUAAAACAGCCAUCCACUACCAUCAACGUCAUCUAAAAAUUGCUAAAGAAGUGGGAGAUAAGGCCGGGGAGGGAAAAAGUUAUGGCAGUCUCGGCAACGCUUACGACAGUCUAGGACAGUUCAAAACGGCCAUCCAGUACCAUCAACGUCAUCUAGAAAUUGCUAAAGAGGUGGGAGACAAGGCCGGAGAGGGUAAAAGUUAUGGCAGUCUCGGCAAGGCUUAUCAAGGUCUAGGAGAGAUCAAAACAGCUAUCCAGUACCAUCAACGGCAUCUGGAAAUUGCUAAAGAGGUGGGAGUAAAGGCCGGGGAGGGAAAAAGUUAUGGCAGUCUUGGCAACGCUUAUGACAGUCUAGGACAGUUCAAAACAGCGAUCCAGUACCAUCAACGUCAUCUAGAAAUUGCUAAAGAAGUGAAAGACAAGGCCGGAGAGGGAAAAAGUUAUGGCGGUCUCGGCAACGCUUAUGGCAGUCUAGGACAGUUCAAAACAGCCAUCCAGUACCAUCAACGUCAUCUAGAAAUUGCUAAAGAGGUGGGUGACAAGUCCGGAGAGGAUUUCAGUUAUGGCAAUCUCGGCAACGAUUAUAAAGGUCUAGGACAGUUCAAAACAGCCAUCAAGUACCAUCAACAUCAUCUAGAAAUUGCUAAAGAAGUGGGAGACAAGGCCGGAGAGGGAAAAAGUUAUGGCAAUCUCGACAACGAUUAUAAAGGUCUAGGACAGUUCAAAACAGCCAUCGAAGUUGGAGACGAGGCCGGAGAGGGAUUUAUUUAUGGCAGUCUCGGCAACGCUUAUCAAGGUCUUGGACAGUUCAAAACAGCCAUCCAGUGCCAUCAAUAUCAUCUAGAAAUUGCUAAAGAAGUGGGAGACAAGGCCGGAGAGGGAAAAAGUUAUGGCGGUCUCGGCAACGCUUUGCAAGGUCUAGGAGAGUUCAAAACAGCCAUCAAGUACCAUCAACGUCAUCUAGAAAUUGCUAAAGAAAUGGGAGACGAGGCUGGAGAGGGAUUCAUUUAUGGCAGUCUCGGCAACGCUUAUCAAGGUCUUGGACAGUUCAAAACAGCCAUCCAGUGCCAUCAAUAUCAUCUAGAAAUUGCUAAAGAAGUGGGAGACAAGGCCGGAGAGGGAAAAAGUUAUGGCGGUCUCGGCAACGCUUUGCAAGGUCUAGGAGAGUUCAAAACAGCCAUCAAGUACCAUCAACGUCAUCUAGAAAUUGCUAAAGAAAUGGGAGACGAGGCCGGAGAGGGAUUCAGUUAUGGCAGUCUCGGCAACGCUUAUCAAGGUCUUCGACAGUUCAUAACAGCCAUCCAGUACCAUCAACGUCAUCUAGAAAUUGCUAAAGAGGUGGGAGACAAGGCCGGAGAGGGAUUUAGUUAUGGCCGUCUCGGCAACGCUUAUCGCAGUCUUAGACAGUUCAAAACAGCCAUUGAAUACCAUCAACGCCAUCUAGAAAUUGCUAAGGAA